UCAAUUAAUAUUCUUUGGUUCUUGACGUCAUUUUCAAGGUUAGAAGCCAUUGGCAUACAUCUGAGCAAAAAUCGUGUAACGUGUAUAAAUUUGCUAUGUUUAAUAUUAGUCUCGUUAUUAAAAUUUGAUUUUGAAGUUGAAGAGAAGUUGAAAUUUAAAUAGGGUGCUGUUCCCAAAAAGUGUAAUGGAUUCCGCGGAAGGUGAAAAUGAAGGAAGUCCUUGGGGUAACUGCAGUCCAGGUGUAGAAGAAGAAAGAAAGGCGGUUCAUCAAAAGAUAGAAAAGAAAAAUAAUGUCUUGCCAUUAUGGGGCAAUGAAAGGACAAUGAACCUAAACCCAAUGAUUUUGACAAACAUACAGUCUUCCCAUUAUUUUAAAGUGAACUUAUAUGAACUGAAAACUUACCAUGAGGUGAUAGACGAGAUUUACUACAAAGUGACACACCUGGAGCCUUGGGAAAAAGGAAGUCGGAAGACUGCUGGACAAACAGGCAUGUGCGGGGGAGUCCGAGGUGUGGGUGCCGGAGGCAUCGUUUCCACCGCCUUUUGCCUGCUGUACAAACUGUUUACUCUCAAGUUGACAAGAAAGCAGGUAAAUGGGCUACUCACCCAUCCAGAUUCGCCUUAUAUUCGAGGUCUGGGUUUUAUGUACAUCAGGUACACACAGCCUCCAGCCGAUCUCUGGGACUGGUAUGAUGCGUACUUAGAAGAUCCUGAGGAAAUGGAUGUGAAGGCUGGAGGUGGUCAGGUGAUGACAAUUGGUGAAAUGCUUCGUGCAUUCCUAACCAAACUAGAGUGGUUCUCCUCGCUGUUUCCUCGGAUACCCGUCCCGAUUCAGCAGAAGCUAGAGAAAAAACUGAAUGAGCGCUUCCCGCCAGUGGUUGCUCCGUUGCGCCAGCCAAAACCCGUGUUGCAGCAGCCACAGCCAGCUAAGGAGGCUCGUCACAUUCCAGAUGAAGAAGUGUCAUUUGGUGAAGCUGAACGUUUCUCUCGCUUGCGCAGAGCAGAUGGAGUAGGAGGCACAAAUGCGGCAUUACCAGGCCGUGGUGCAGAGAGAGAUCGUCGGCGAACUCCAGACAGAGAUCUUAGGAGAGGUCACAGUUCAGAAGUGUCUCAUAGUCGUGGUUAUAGCAAAGAGAAGAGGGCUUACAGCAAGGAUAAGAGUCCAGCCCAAUGCAAGAGCCCUGUCCGACAUAAGAGUCGAGACAGAAGUCCAGUUCGCUAUAGAGAGAGGAGCAGAGGAAGAAGUCCAGCACGCAGAGACAGAAGCCCACGUCAUAAAGACAGAGAAUACAGACAGAAGUCAAGAGACCGCAAGGAUAGCUCAGGACACAGACACAGAACACCAGAUGAUUUCGCAGAUGAGCUUAGGCGAGAAAAAGAGCGCCAGAAACGGGAGAAAGAUAGAGAUAAGGAACGAGAAAAGGACAGAUUCAAAUCCAAGCACAGACACAACAGGAGCUGAGGCAUAGUUGCUUGCAUAGCACAGUUUUAAGUAUCAGGACAAGAUGGUGAUUUAUGGCCUUUCAUUUUAUUUGAUGCCAGAAAACAUAUUAAAUUUGUUGAGCUGAAAUUAACAUAAAGCCA